AUGGGCGACCGCGGCGGCGCGGGCGGCUCCCGGCGCCGGAGGACGGGUUCACGGCCUUCGAGCCAGGGCGGCGGUGGGCCCACGGUGGCGGAAGAGGAGGUGCGGGACGUGGGCGCCGGGGGAGACGCGCCGGCGCCGACUCCGGCCCCGGACAAGGGCGAGGACGGAGACUCCGACGUGGGCAGCGGCCACUGGGAUCUGAGGUGCCACCGCCUGCAAGAUUCUUUGUUCAGCUCUGACAGUGGCUUUAGCAACUAUCGUGGGAUCCUGAACUGGUGUGUGGUGAUGCUGAUCUUGAGCAAUGCACGGUUAUUUUUAGAAAACCUCAUCAAGUAUGGCAUCUUGGUGGACCCCAUCCAGGUGGUGUCUCUGUUCCUGAAGGACCCCUACAGCUGGCCCGCCCUGUGCCUAGUUAUUGUGGCCAAUGUCUUUGCUGUGGCUGCAUUCCAGGUGGAGAAGCGCCUGGCAGUGUACCUGGUGAGCAUCCCCCUGCACAUGUUCCGUCUCUGGGCCUUCACAGGCAUGAUGGCUCAGAUACCCCUGGCAUGGAUAGUGAGCCGCUUCUUCCAGGGAAACUACGGCAACGCAGCUGUGUGGCUGACGCUCAUCAUUGGGCAGCCAGUGGCCGUGCUCAUGUAUGUCCACGACUACUACGUGCUCAACUACGAGGCCCCGGUGGUCGGGGCCUGAGCUGCUCCACAGCAGGUCCUCGCUGCCGAUGGCCAGGGCCCAUCACCCACCUGUGUGCUAGGGAGGGGGCUCGGCUGUCCACUGCCUCCUCCCAGCCACGCCCCCCUCCCCCGGAAGGCCUCUCUGCCCUCAUGGGGCUCCUUCCUGCCCUGCUCAGGGAUGGCAGACCAGGCACAGGCCAGCGCUGGUGGGAAGUGCCAGUGCCCCAGGAAUCUGU